AUCCAGAUCUCUGACUGCACAAGAAAACUCUAGCUGGAGUCUGCACAACGUGCAACGGCCAGAUUCAAGGAGGAACGUUGUCAGCACAAACUUCAGAAACUUCAGGUUCCUGUCUGGCAAUGCCGCCUCUUUAGCUUGCCAAGUCGAAGAUCCAAAGUUUCAGAGCGUGCUUUCGCUCUACCACCACUCACAGCAUUGCACAGAUUCUGCUCCAAGAGGCGCCAUCUGAAUCCUGAAGAGCUGAGCGAGAACGGUCACAGACACUCUCGUACGCCAAGCAAGGGUUUACAUUUGCCGCUACUCUGGGAAGCGGACAAGAUGAGGGGUCUCAGAGGAGCUCUGCUCCUCAGCCUUGUAUGCAGCAUUGCGCUUUCAGUCAGUGGACAGAGCGCCCAAGCGCCCGUUUCGAGCACUACUUUCACUGCGCAAGCUCCGACAACCAGUGCUCAGGGCCCGUCCUCCCCUGGUCCUAACACGCUGAACGUGCCUCCAGCAUCCCAGAUCUGCCCUGACUCUCUUGUUGAGACCCUGGCCGGACAGAAUCUGGUCGAAAGCCCCCAACCCUUUGCCGGCGUUCCCUCUUCAUGGGGCCAAACGGUUUCGGCCAGUUCUCUUGCUGUCUCGUCCGACAGGACCUAUAUUGCCGUCACGAACCGUGCGGGACCCGGUUCAGGCGCCGCCCUCACAGUGAACAACAUGCAAGUCGGUUCGUUCUACAAGGUGGGCGCCUAUGUCAAAAUCAGCGGGUCGACCAACGAGAAGCUGCGCAUGACCUUCAAUUUCAACGGCAACGAUUACAAGUGCGCCGCGAUCGUUUCCGUCGCAUACUCGGACUGCUACACCCUGGUUCUGGGUGCCAUUACCGGCCCCGCCUCCGCUGCGCCGCUGAACAGCGUAAAGCUCUUUAUCACCGGAAACGAGGGCAGCGACGUCCAGCAAGCGCCCUUCGAGAUCGACAUCUACAGCGUGGCGGUUGUCGGGGUGAACCGGGCCACGUGGCUGGCUGACGUUCAGCAGAGGACGGACUUGGUCCGCAAGCGUGACGUCAUCGUUACGGUGAAGGAUGCUUUCGGCAACCCCGUCCCCAACGCGACGAUCUCCAUCAACCAGCUGAACCAGACGUUCCCCUUCGGUUCCGAUCUGCAUAACGACGCGUACAACGACACCGCCUACCGCAACUGGUUUGCCAGCAAGUGGGGCAAUGGUUACUCGUGGACUGCCUACAACAGCGCUCUCAAGUGGUACGCUAUGCAGCCCGACGAGCUUAACGUGACCACGGUCCAGGUGAUCAACCAACAGAAUUGGCUGAACAACAACUCGAUCAGCGUCCGUGGUCAUACCAUCUUCUGGGAUGACGUCGGCACGACUCAAGACUGGGUGAAGCUGAUUGCGGAUACGGACCCCGUGCGCCUCUUCGGCUACAUGCAGCUGCGGAUCAAUGACGUUGUCGGGCUGUUCAAGAACGCUAUUCGCCAGUGGGACCCCUCCAACGAGCUGAUGCACAAGAACUACUUCUCGAGCAAGCUGGGCUUCGACGUUAAGCCGUGGUACUUCAACCGCACCAAGACGCUCGACCCCACGGGCGUCACCUUCUUCAGCGACUACAACAUCGUCGAGGCAUGCGACGACGGUAUUUCCUGGCCCGAGUCGGCGAUCGAGUUCGUGAAGUACCUCCGGCGAAACGGCGGUCCGGUGGAUGCUUUCGCGGUCCAGGGCCAAUUCACAUCGAUCACGCCGUUCCUCCUCCGCUUCGCUUUGGACAAGCUCGGACAGUUCGGCAUCCCCAUCUGGAUGUCCGAAGUCAACCUCCGCCUGGCCAGCGAGCCGUACUCAGCUCAAGCGCAGCGCGACAACUUCGAGCUGAUUGUGCGGGAGCUGUAUGCGCACCCUGCGGUUGAUGCGCUAUUGCUCUCUCAGACCUGGACCCCCCUCCGGGAGUGGAUGAACGGCACAUGUGACGGGAACAAGUGCCUGUACAACUACGACUACACGCUCCGCCCCGUUGGCACGCUGUGGGAGAACCUCUACUACAACGAGUGGAUGACGACCGGAAUCGUCGGCAGGACUAACGCCGCCGGGCAGUUCGCGUUCCGGGGCUUUGCCGGAAAGUACAACGCGACGGUGAACGGCACAUUCAAUUCCACGCACGCCUACCAGACCUCCUACCAGUUCGUCGUCGAGCCACUCAAUACGACGGUCAACGUCAGCACAUACGCUACCCAGACGGCGGCGCCUUAUGUCGCCUUCACCAACGGCACCAUUGUGUCGAACGCCAGCAUCCCGGCCAAUCUGACUCAGGCCCGGAGGACUUAUAACAUCUCCCAAGUAACCCCCAACGGCGGGUUCUAUAACCUAUCCUCCACUUUGGACGUAUCCACGCCGUUCAUCAACAUUUACACCGGCUCGGACAACAUCGCCGGGCAGAUUUACCACCUGGAGAAGACGCCCGGGAACAAUAACCUAUCGUCUUACCGGGUGGUGCCCGGGUCGGCCCCGCAGACUGUUACCGUUGUGGCCCCGCUAACCCCGCUUAACAGGUACCCGAUUAGCACGGUGCAGACUUUCGUCAUCCCCACCUAAUCAUUGGUCAGACCGGGGUACGGGUAGCUUAACUGACUCAGUUAGGUUACGCAGCCUUCCCAAUUGAGCAAGGCAAAGUGGUGACACUAAGUUAUUGCACGCCGGACGAAGUCGGGUGCAACCAUUUCCGGAUUCAUUUUUGCUCCACGUAGUUAUAGAGGCCCGUGCAGGGAUUGUAGAGGCGCCCUGCUUGCUUACCGUCGUAGUGAGACUGGCAUAGGGAUUCGAGAGGCGCUGCUUGCUCCAUCAUUUCAGUGGUCAUGUAACAAGGGUUUGGCGGCGGAGCAAGGAAAAACCGAACCGUACUGGAACCAUUUCGUAAGUUGGUUGUAUGCUUGUCAAUUUAUUGUCCCACCAUCAAUCUUCUUCAUGACAGUAAAGUCACGCAUGCACUUUGUGAUGCUGCACCAUCUGAC